GGUCCUAUCCGCGGAGGGGGUGGGACUUGCAACUCUUCCGUCUGUCGGGACAGAUCCUCCCCGCUCUGUAUUGAUGUUUACUGGUGGUAGCGCCCAGCCCCCCGAGCUCCGUAUAGUCUGUGACCGGGACAUGGGACCCCGAGACUGCUGACCGGAGACCCCGAGAGCGAGCCGAGAGCGCAGCAACUACUAACCCAGUUUUUGAAAUAAUUGUUACCAAUGGAGCACAUCCAAGGAGCAUGGAAAACACUCAGCAAUGGAUUUGGGUUUAAAGAUUCAGUAUUUGAUGGGCCCAACUGUAUGUCCCCCACUAUCUCUCACCAGUUUGGUUACCAACGCCGGGCAUCUGAUGACGGUAAACUCAAUGAAACCUCCAGGACAAGCUGUACAAUUCGCGUUUACUUACCGAACAAACAGAGAACAGUGGUUAAUGUACGUAAUGGGAUGAGUCUGCACGACUGCCUUAUGAAAGCAUUGAAGGUUCGAGGGCUUCAGCCAGAGUGUUGUGCAGUUUUCCGUCUCAUUCAGGAUCCAAAGGGCCGCAAACUGCGCUUAGACUGGAAUACAGACGCAAUGUCUUUAAUUGGGGCAGAAUUGCAGGUGGACUUCUUGGAUCAUGUUCCUCUUACAACGCAUAAUUUUGCUCGAAAGACCUUUUUAAAGCUAGCGUUUUGUGACAUCUGUCAGAAGUUUCUCUUAAAUGGCUUUCGAUGUCAGACGUGCGGCUACAAGUUCCAUGAACACUGCAGCACUAAAGUCCCAACAAUGUGCGUCGACUGGAGUAAUAUCCGGCAGCUGCUUUCAUUUCCCAGUAAUGUGGACGGAAGCUCACCUGCAGUACCUUCGCUGCGACGCAUGCGUGAUGUCAGAAUGUCCUCCAGUUCCCAGCAGCACAGAUAUUCCACCCCUCAUGCGUUUUCCUUCACAACACCAACCCCACCUUCAGAGUAUUCACUUUCACAGCGACAGCGGUCAACAUCCACACCCAAUGUUCAUAUGGUCAGUACUACCCUGCCAGUGGACAGCAGGAUGAUUGAGAACUGGCCAGACACAUCUCCGGGGUCCUGGUGCAGACGGUUUUGUUGGUCAGGAAGAGAUGCAUUGAGGAAUCAGGGUGAAUCAGCCUCCCCGUCUGCACUGUCAGGCAGUCCUAAUAACCUGAGUCCCACGGGGUGGUCUCAGUCUAAGACCCCCACACCUACUCACAGAGAAAAAUCGGCAUCCUCCAGCGGUCAGGACAAAAAUAAAAUACGGUCUCGUGGGCAGAGAGAUUCCAGUUAUUAUUGGGAGAUUGAUUCGACUGAAGUCAUGCUGUCUUCACGCAUAGGAUCAGGAUCAUUUGGAACUGUAUACAAAGGCAAAUGGCAUGGUGAUGUAGCUGUUAAAAUACUUAAUGUUACCGAUCCAACGCCAGAACAAUUUCAGGCUUUUAGAAAUGAAGUUGCUGUUCUUAGGAAAACGAGGCAUGUGAACAUAUUGCUGUUCAUGGGCUAUAUGACGAAGGGUAACUUGGCCAUUGUCACACAGUGGUGUGAGGGGAGCAGUCUUUACAAACAUCUGCAUGUUCAGGAGACUAAGUUCCAGAUGUUCCAACUCAUUGACAUUGCCAGACAAACUGCGCAAGGGAUGGACUAUUUACAUGCAAAACAUAUCAUUCAUAGAGACAUGAAGUCAAACAAUAUAUUUCUUCACGAAGGUUUAACAGUAAAAAUAGGUGAUUUUGGACUGGCUACAGUGAAGUCCCGAUGGAGCGGUUCCCAGCAGGUGGAGCAGCUGACCGGAUCAAUCCUCUGGAUGGCUCCAGAAGUGAUUCGAAUGCAGGACAACAAUCCAUUCAGUUUCCAGUCGGAUGUUUAUUCUUAUGGCGUUGUGAUGUAUGAGCUGAUGACCGGGGAACUGCCGUAUUCUCACAUAAGUGAUAGAGACCAGAUAAUUUUUCUGGUUGGCAGAGGGUGUGUAGGGCCAGAUCUAAGCAAGCUGUAUAAAAGUUGUCCCAAAGCAAUGAAAAGGUUGGUAGCUGAUUGCUUGAAGAAAUUAAGGGAUGACCGACCUCUAUUCCCACAAAUCCUUUCCUCCAUUGAGCUGUUACAACACUCGUUACCUAAAAUCAAUAGAAGUGCAUCAGAACCUUCGCUGCACCGCGCCACACACACAGAAGACAUUAAUUCGUGUACAGUCACAUCGCCAAGAUUGUUUUGAAAGACUUGCUGCAGCGCUUGCAUGUUAACUAGUUCUCACAAGUUUUGAAAUAAGCUGAACUGCUUUCUCCUCAAAAAGGACUCAAAUUAUCACUUUGAUAUUAUUCUUAAGGAAACGCUGCUAUUGUUGCAUUUCUGAGGUCACAAUAUAAAUGUACAUCUUUUGUAGUUUUUUUUUUUAUUAUUAUUAUUAUGGUAUUAGGAAUGUACACCAUUUUUUUCUUACAGUGUGUGUCAUGUUAAUGCCAUGUCAUUUUUAGCUGGGCACAUUUUAACUUUGCAUUGCAGCCAAAUUGUAAGGAGAUAU